UGUGGACAGAAAUUCAUCAUACUACUUAAUCCCAGAGUAAUGUGCGCCAAUUGCAACCGACCCAUUUGCCGAAGAUGUUCUGAAGCUGUGAAUGAAAUCGGUGGUGUUUUAUGCAAACUUUGUCUCAAAGAAACGGGAUAUCGCGCAAUGCGUUGCAACUGGUUCUACGACACAGUGGUCACCCGGUUUAGGGAAUUUGGGAGCACGGCGGUUGCGAAGAGUAUCUUUGGAGACAAACUUAAACAUAUACAGCAUCUUGCAGAAGAUGAAUUGGUCAACAUCAUUUCUAAAUACGGACGGAGCGAGAGUUCGGAUGGGGGAAUCGUCAACAAUCAGAAGACAUCUCAGUCAGUGGACCCACUGAAGGAAGCGCAAUUAACCAAGCUACGAACUAGCUUACUCACGCUCAUGCAAAACACCUUAGAGGAAUACAAAAAAGUCGACCAGAACACCAGCUUGACUGCUCAACAAAGGUACUGGCAGUCUGGUCGUAUCGGUGUGGAGUUUCGAAAAGAAGCCGCAGUUCGAAUGCGCACGUUUUGCCAAUCCCUGUACAUCACCACAGAGAGGCAUCGUACAAUGCAAGGCAAUAGCAGUCGCCACCUAACACAAUACGUGAUGAGUACGUUGCAGGAUGAGAUCAGCAAAAUUGUUGGACACAGAGUUCAGGAUCAAGCUGAUAUUAUAUCAACUGCCUCAGACGACGAUCUGGACUCGGUGGUGCCUGCUGAACGCGAGGGAGUGGAAGAUCGUUUAGCCCAAGAGCUGUUAGACAAAGUGCUGCAAGACCGACGACGAGGUCAAUUGCCAGUCACAGCAUCCAGUGCACAGUUGCAACAGCGCAUACCGAAUGGUAAUUCCUCAACGGCAAACGGAAUACAUGCCAUCCAACUUGCACCGGAUGACGCCUCGGACGUAGAGUUUGGUCCUACAGCCACUGUCGAACACGUCAAAGUAAUUGAAGGUUUCCCCACAAGAAUGGAGGUUAAAGUCGAUUUUCAUGAAGGACACGACUUCAAGUGGCUCUACGUGACGCAGGAUGGGACUCGAAUGCCGGUGAAAUUUGACUUCCACCUCGAGCACGUAAUCACUGCAACCACAGAUCACGAUGCCAAGGAGCCAUUCGUUUUGUCAAACUCCGGUCAUGUUGGAUCAGAUACACUAAAGACGCUGGUUGAAACACAUAAGCGCUUACUAGCGCUUGGUGUGCCCCACGGUGUAAUCAUUGAACAUCAUUUAAUCAUAUGGGCAGCCAAGUUGGAGGACUCCGGUAGGUACAUUGCAGUGGCUCGAACCCAGGCCGCUGGAGGCAUGUCAGCGCUGACGGAGACUGAGUUCCAGCUAGAAGUUGAACAGUCGCACCGCUGGCCAAUGCAUCCCCUUCACUGCCCGGAGUUUGUACAGCCACUUUCAAAGCAAUUAACUACUGACAGUGAAGGCAACAGUUACCUCGAAUUGAACUGUGCAAUUGCCGGCAAUCCAACGCCACGGUGCCUUUUUUACCGUAACAAUUCUCCCGUCCCAGUGGUCAUCAUGCCACUUCUGACCAGUGAACAAGACAAAACGGAUAUCUUCUUGAGUUCAUUCUCCCGCAAAUACACGGUGAUCUCAUCCCCAUGCAGACAGAUGGUUGCCGCUAUGUCUGUGGGAUAUUUGCGAAGCUUAACACUGCGCAUCAAUCGUCCGGGUGCGGAGGAUGUGGCGAAUUACACUUGUCGUGCCUGGAAUUUCCACGGACGUGUGGAGACCAGUGGCCGUAUCACGGCUAGCGACUUAGAAUCUAACCGCUUUGAACAAAGCAACUUGCCAGACCAUCAGAACCAGUUGAAAUCUAACGUUCCGAAUGCAAAAACGGGUGCCCAGCGUAUUCCUGAAAAGCCCGGUGACGGACGGUCACUACAAAAUUCCCAAGACGUAAAAACCCCAGUGGUUCAAAACAAAAACCACAAUUACGCCCAAGAUAAGGUACAAUCGACGACUGGCAAACGUACCCCUACAGUGACAAUUUUGUAUGAACAACCACAGAAGGGGAAAUUCGUUGAAAGCAAUGCUUUGAGUAAAUGGGAUCGGCCAGAAACUCCUUCGUAUCCUCGGACUGACCGAAAUGGCAACUCAGUGAUUAUCAGCCGUCCUGUAGCAAGUCCCCAAACACAAAGAGAUAAGCAGAAACUCGAAGUGAUUAACGAAAAACCCAUUUCAAACGAACUCGAGUAUUCAAAAUCAGCCAACUCUGCUCAGCCACCUUCACCUACUUCUUCGGUGUUCAGUGACACCUCGAGCAUCUGGGAAUCCCCAUUUGUACGAACUCAAUCUAGGCGAGUUUCUGGGCCACGAGUUGUUAUCGACAGACGUUCCAAGAGGCGUAGCAGAUGCGGAAGUGCUGCCUCCAUUAUCAGCAUGGAAAACGAGAUACCCUGAUGAUCAAUAUGAGGACGUAACGGAAGCGCAUCAAUGUGGUUAUUACUUAAAUAUGUUGUAUACAAUUUCAUCCUGUACGGUUUUGGGUCUUUCAGCAAACUUCUUUUCUUUCUACCUAAAUAUUAUUUGGCUUCAAUCCAAGGCGCUGUGAUCAUUUGUUAUGCCAAAUGCACUGAAAAAGUAUUUGUACCUAAACGUAUACCGCCAUCUUGUAAAGGACAACAUUCUUGAACUGAAAAUACUCCAAUGGACCAUCGACUGUUGUGCUCACCGCGUAAACACUCAGUAUGUAAUGAAGUUCAACUGUUUUUGGUACUACAGAAUUAAAGUGUUAAAAUGCUUC